CGUGGGAGGCAACAUUAGACACCGGCUCAACUUACGCACUCCGCUGUUACACACCGUGCAUUUCGCUGAAUUCAUGCUAAGGUUUUCUCCAGGUGUUUUCCUGAUGCGCACAAAAAAUAACUGUAAUAAGGACAUCCAUCCGGCGCGCCAAUAACAGGUAGCCAAGGAAACUGAUAUAACUGAUUGAUUUGUUAUCGAUAUCCUAGGAAAACCAGAAUAUUCUAAUCGAUCAUCAGCUGGACUGACAGGCUCUCUGAAAGGAGGGUAUCUUUCUCACGGAUUUGAUGGCUGUUUGAUCGGUUGGUGAUGCCCAUUUAUAUCAUCGACCGCAAAUUUGCAGAGACACCUGGUGAGUUUCUACAGGUCGCCCAAGAGGGAGAGCAGAUCAUGGCCGACAACAACACUCAGAAAAAAAAGCCCCGCUGGACUUCCCUUGAAAUCGGGCUCCUGACGAUUGUAUCUCUGCUCUUCGUCAUUAUUGUGGCUCUCAUCAUUCUCUUCAUCACACAAAAAGGGAAAGACGGUGUUUGCAUAACAGCUGACUGCACACAGUCAGCAUCUCGCCUUAUUGAGAACAUGGACCCCACUGUGAACCCAUGCGAAAACUUCUACCAGUACGCCUGUGGUGGCUGGCUUAAGAAGAACAUCAUACCGGAGACAAGUUCACGUUACAGCACUUUCGACAUACUCAGAGAUGAACUGGAGGUGGUACUCAAAGGAGUGAUGGAGCGGAAGGAAAAUGAAACCAGUAGCGCAUUAAACAAAGCCAAGAUCCUCUACAAGUCCUGCACCAAUGAAAGCCACAUUGAACAGAGAGGUGGGUCACCUCUACUGACAAUGCUGCCAGAUGUCUUCGAGUGGCCCGUAGCAACAGAUGAUUGGGACAACACAUACGGAAUUAAUUGGACAGCAGAAGAUGCCAUAGCCAGACUAAAUGAGAAAUAUGGAAAGCAAGUCCUUAUUAGCUUUUUUAUUGGUACAGAUGACAAAGACUCCAAUGCACACAUCAUUCAUUUUGACCAGCCCCUUCUUGGCUUACCCAUCAGAGACUACUAUGCAUGCACUGGACCAUAUGCGGAGGCUUGUGAUACAUAUGUGAACUUCAUGACUGAUUUGGCGAAACUCAUCAGAACUGACCGGAGACUUGACGUUAAUGAAACCAAUAUCAAACAAGAGGUUUCUCGAGUGAUGAUGUUGGAGAAGGAAAUUGCUAAUGCGACAGACACACUAGAGGACAGAAACAACCCGGUUCUGCUUUAUAACAAGAUGCCUCUGGAGACACUGAACAACAACUUCACCCUGGAGUUUGACUCUGGGGUGUUCAACUGGACCCGCUUUACUAAGAAGAUCAUGGAUACAGUCAGUGUUAAUGUUACAGACAGUGAGGAUGUUAUUGUGUAUGCCCCAAACUACUUCAAGAGGCUCCACCCUAUCCUUGCCAAGUACACAAAGAGAGACAUUCAAAACUACAUUGUGUGGCGCUUUAUUAUGAAUCUGGUGGUUGGUUUGAGCAGGCCGUACAGGGAGACCAGAAAAGCCUUCAGAAAGGCUAUCUAUGGGACCAGCUCCGAAGCAGCAGUUUGGAGGCAAUGUGCCAUCUAUGUCAACAACAACAUGGACAGCGCUGUGGGGAGAUUGUAUGUGGAUGAAGCCUUCGCUGGAGAUAGCAAAGAGAUGAUGGAUGAGAUGAUCACUAACAUCAGAGAGGUGUUUGUGAGUAACCUUGAUGAUCUAACCUGGAUGGACGCUGAAACUAAGAAAGCUGCAGAGGAGAAGGCACGAGCAAUCCGAGAAAGAAUUGGUUUCUCAGAAAACAUAAUGAACGACACAUACCUGGACCAGGAGUACCAAGAAUUAAGCUACAGUGAGGAUAAAUACUUUGAGAACAUCAUGAUGAACCUGGAGUAUGGCCAGAAGAAACGUCUGAAGAAGUUAAGAGUAAAAGUGAACAAAGACGAGUGGAUCACAGGAGCUGCUGUGGUCAAUGCAUUCUACUCAUCUAGCAGAAACCAAAUAGUAUUUCCUGCAGGUAUUCUUCAGCCUCCUUUUUUUGGUAAAGGUCAGCCCUGGUCUUUGAACUACGGAGGCAUUGGGAUGGUCAUUGGACAUGAGAUCACUCAUGGCUUUGAUGACAAUGGACGUAAUUUUGAUAAAGAAGGUGACCUCAAAGACUGGUGGACUCCAUCGUCGACUCAGAAAUUCCAUGAUCUUUCGAAAUGCAUUGUGGACCAGUAUGGAAGCUUCUCUUGGGACCUGGCAAAUGGACAAAAUCUAAAUGGGAAUAAUACCCUUGGGGAGAACAUAGCUGACAAUGGGGGCAUCCGGCAGUCUUAUCAGGCCUACAAGAACUAUGUGAAGAAGCAUGGGAAGGAAGCUCCUCUGCCUGGAAUAGACCUCAGUCAUGAUCAACUUUUUUUCCUUAACUUUGCACAGGUGUGGUGUGGUACACAUAGACCAGAGCAUGCUGUCAACUCAAUCAAAACAGAUGUCCAUAGCCCAGGGAAGUUCAGAGUUCUUGGGUCAUUACAGAACUUCCCAGAGUUUGCCAAAGCCUUCAAGUGCCAGAAUAAUCACAAUAUGGUGCCUCGUAACAUUUGCCGGGUGUGGUGAUUACUCAUGGACCAGAAGAUGAAGGUUUUUUGGAGGUCCUGUAGAAACUCUGCUGACUAUUAGACCACAAUUGCGGAAGCUGAGAAAUACCCUCGACAGGGUAAGCUAGGGCCGUAAUGCUCAACUCCACCAGUGCACUUGAGCCAUACACAGAGAGGGGGAGCUGUCUCAAUACACUCCUAUAAGCAAUGGUUUAUCUGAUUUUAGUUUGUGAGAUCAUUACUCAGUCCAUGGCUUUUACUGUUUCCAAACACUAUGUCAAAUCUAAAGUGAAGAUUGUGUAGAGGUACUGUUCAUUUUGAUUGAAUUAUGGUAAUAUCAAGUUAAACUGUGAAUUGGAGAUAUCAGUAGCAUUAUGUAUAUAAAUAUUUAUCGCAAUACCAAUAUAUGUCCACUGCUUGUACCAACACCUGUCAACCAGAAUAGAUUCAGUAAGCUAAACUAUGACACCACACAGCUAUGACAAGAACUGUUAUGUAUAAUACAAUGGGAGUUAAUAGAUAGUCAGUGAACUACAAUAAAAUAAAAAUACUCUGUAUUCAUUUAUUUAAAAAAAGAUGAUUUAACUAAAUUGCAUACAGUGCAAUGUAAAAUUAAAAUAUGUAGACUCAUUUGUAAUUUGUAUGAAGAUUUACAUAGAUUGUCAUGAAGAUCAUGAAUGAUUAACUAAGAUUUGUUGAACAUAUAAACAUUUGUCAGUAUGUACAAUGUAUCAGACUUUGAAUGUUUAAUAUGUUAUGAAAGAGGUCUGCUUACAUUAUUUGAAUGUUUGGCAUGUGUGUUUGUCUACAUUUGAUUGUUUUUCUUUUUCCAUUGUGCUCGCCUUGACAUUUGCUUGUAUGAAUGGGUGCACAUUUGACGAAUAAUCUCCAGCCUGUCCAGCUUUAUUGACUUAACGCCUUAAAAUGAUCUAUCAAUGUUUUAUGAAAUACAAGGCAGAAUAAGUCCUACUGUGACCAAUCCAUGCACACAGUACAUUAUAAUGCCAAAGAUUUUUACAGUUAUUUACAUUCUGUGAUUUUGUGUUCAUCUACCAAAUUGAUACGGUAAUAAUUUCUGAACUGCUGGACCAAACUCUUCACGCAUUUUUUUAGGCAAUGACACACACUGCCAAAAUGAUAUAUAUGUAUAUUUUUCUUUCACUACAUUAAUGAAAAUGAGAUUACAUUUCUGAUAUUAUUAGUGAUUAGGUUAUAGUUUGAUGUAUUAUAAAUAAGCUGUACGACAUCUUUCUUUUUCAAAGGCAUGGGGCCUUUUUAACACCUAUCAGACACUGCUCCCCCUCUAACAGAGUCCAAUACUGUUCACCAAAAUCCAUCUCAAUCACUUCACAGACGAAUAUACCUCAGAUGCCUGUAUUUAGAUACUUUGUAAUAAACAUCUUAAAGAGAAAUUUGUUUUAAUAAUAAAUUGUUAAUGUAAACCCUG